CGCGUGCUUGUUACGUCACAGCCACAACUUCUACUUUGAUUUCUACACUGACGACUCACCACAAUUACGACACAAAUAAGCAUCUGCAAUCAUGUUCAAGGCAAUUUUACCCUCAUCAAAAAGAAUAUCUACUUCAGACUUCACCAUGAUCACGAGCCCUGGAGAUCCACUUAGUGGAAAGGAGAACCUACCUGACAAUGAUCUUGUGACCCCUGCACUGACAAAAUCAGGCAAGGGAACUCACAAGGGUAAUUCGAAGCAAGAAAAGUUGAAGACAAUCAAGGUCUCGCAGGACCUUGUGGUCGAGCCGGUGGUAAUGAACCAGCCUUUGACAAAUUACUGCGCCAUGCUCAAAUCAUCACAUGUUAUAACAUCAAACCUGACGUCUGGGCCACUGAGCACCCCAAUGACGUUGAGAAAAGCCCGCAGUAGCGAAUCUAUGGGCUCGCCUCUUCCACCUUCCAUGAGCUAUGACCAGAUGCCUACGAAAAGCAGCUGGAUAUCUGGUCUCUCUGGAAAGAGUACAACGGAUCUGCACGCACUCGAUGACAAACAAGGACAUGACCGCGGGUUAUCCUUUGAUGCUGCACGAACAUUAUCUCGUGGUCAGAAUUCUCCGGUUAUCCCAGGCGACCUCAUUACGAGCAAAUCCAAAGAGAAGGGCUUCGUUAAGAGCAUAACUCCCGUCAAAUUCUGUAGUAUGUUGGCAUCGACUUCCAGCACUCAGCUAGAAGUAGAAAUCGUCAAGAAGCUCCGACUACUCCUACGAAAUGAGUCGGCAAUUUGGUCAGAAGACUUCCUGAAAUUGGGUGGCUACAAUGCUCUGCUUACGCGACUGAAUGAAAUACUCGAAGUUGAGUGGCGAGAAGAGCAGCAUGAUGACCAGAUACUAUAUGAAUUACUUCGAUGCUUCAAGGCCCUGUCGACCUCUGCAAUUGGUUGCUUUGCCUUGCGUAGCUCGUGCCCGACCCCAUUCGUGCAACUACUCUCCUUGCUUUACUCUGACAAAAAGCCUGGAGACGUGGCAACGAGACAGCUCAUUGUCGAAUUGUUGCUCAUCUUGUUCGAGUUGUACCCUUCCUCGUCGCUCCCAUCCACUGGUAACCGUCCACGUCGCGAAGCUUGGGAACCCGAGGGCCGCUCGUCCUCGAAUCUCAUCACCUUCCCAGCACCACACAAGAAUUUCUACUCGUUGAUCCGUGCUCUCCUUCUGACACCUGCGCCUCCUCCAACUGAGUCACCCGCUUCACCUGUGUCACCUCAUGCUUUUAUUGAAUCACUACAUCGCCCAAGGAUUUACAAAACUUACCUUCAGGAGCUUUCGGACGUUUGCAGAGAUUACUUCUGGGUAUUCUGUCACCCCAAUAACACUGUUUGGAACCUAGAAGAGGUUGAUGAGGGCAAGGUGGAGAAGCCCAAAGCACCUGGGGGCAUGACUGGAGGUGUCGAAUUUGAAGCCAUGGGAUACUUUACGAUGCACCUCAAACUUAUCAACGCAAUCGCCAGAUCCGCUCAUGAGCUGAAUCUGUCUAAGGAACAUGACAUGUCUGCGCACCGUUUCCACUCCGACCUAUUUGCUUCUGGAUUUGAGCGGAUUAUUUUGAUAUCACGCAAGACGUCUGUGACGUAUUAUCCGACGUUGCAUCUCGAACUUUCCCGGUAUAUUGCCUGGGCGGGAGCUGCAAAAUUCGAGCUGCCAUGGACUGUAUCACGGCUGAUCGGUGCUCCACCAUUGGCACUAGCCAAGCCGACUACCAGUCAACAACAGAGACUAACGCGACAAGGUCAAAGCCCACAAAGUACACCGGUCAGGAGACUCCCUCCGGGCUUUGUUGGACUGCCAUCUCCUAAGAAGGUUGAACCUAUCAAGUUUGAAUAAAUGCAGGUACUGUGCGGGGAAGUUGACUUCAAGGCAGCGGUUUAUUUCGAUCCUUAUUUAAGGCUUUCAUUUUUCUGUUGUACGUUUUAGCCAUGCUCGUCUUGCAUAAGUGCACGAAACAUAAUAAAUUAUGUAACAUCAAUGAAAUGUUGACAAGGACUG